UGUCUUUGCAGUGGCCUGGACUGGGUUUUUUUCCCAUCAGGACAGAAAGGCAGUGCUCACUUGUUCCCCAGUAGACUUGCAGCUAGACUUUAUCUCUCCAGCUUUCCCAUCCCCUCCAGAGGCCUACGUCACUCCAGACCAGGGAGUGUGGGCCUUUAUCUGGCCUCCCUUUCCUCCCUGGGGACACCAGGUCCCAGGCAAGAGAGCUUGAAAGGCUCUCCCAUGGCAGUCUUCUUCCUUCUCCUUCUGCCCCUCUGUGGGCCCCCGCAGGCUGCUGCAGACAACAUCCAGCCCAUCUAUGUGGCCUUGGGGGAAGCAAUGGAGCUACCAUGUCCCUCACCACCCAUCCUACAUGGGGAUGAACUCCUGUCCUGGUUCCGCAGCCCUGCAGCAGGCUCCUCCACUGCCUUGGUGGCCCAAGUCCAAGUGACCAGGCCAGCCCCAGACCCUGGGAAACUGGGAAGGGAAUCCAGGCUCAAAUUGUUGGGGAACAACUCUUUGUGGCUGCAAGGGUCCAAGGAGGGAGACGCCGGGCGGUACUGGUGUGUCGUGCUGGGUCAGCGCCACAAAUACCAGAACUGGAGGGUGUAUGAUGUCUCCGUGCUCAAAGGAUCCCAGUUAUCUGCAAGAGCUGCAGAUGGAUCCCCCUGCUCUGUCCUUCUGUGUUCUCUGGUCCCUGCCAGACGCCUGGACUCUGUGACCUGGAUGGAGGGAAGGGGUCCUGUGAGGGGCCAUGUGCAGUCCUUCUGGGGCGAUGGGGCUGCCCUGCUCAUGGUGUGUCCUGGGGAGGGGCUUCCUGAGUCCAGGGGCAGUAGACCAAGGACCAUCCGCUGCCUCAUACCUCAGAACAAGGGGAUCAGCUUUAGCCUGGCAGCCUCUACGGAUGCCUCCCCUGCCCUCUGUGCCCCUUCCAUGGCCUGGGAUGUGCCCUGGAUCCUGAUGCUGUUGUUCACAGCAGGCCAGGGCUUCACCAUCCUGGUCCUCAGCAUCAUGCUCUGGAGGCGGAGGGCCCAGGGGGCUCAGUGCAGAGAUGCCUCGAUUCCUCAGUUCAAACCUGAAAUCCAGGUCUAUGAGAACAUCCACUUGGCCCAUCUUAGCCCACCUGCCCCUAAGAUCAGAUGA